GUUGGCAUCGUGCGCGAAUCCGUAGAAACGUACCGGUCGUCGGUUGAAGUGCGCCGAAUGGGACAUCAAACAGGAUAAACCCCCACAGAAGGAUGCAAAGGAUACAGUGGAUAUUCAACUAGUGGCAGUUAGUUUCUGUAACCAGGGCAGCAGUAGUGUAUCGGUCGUCAGCAAGUGAUGAUGGUGAUUUCAUUUAUGCACUGGCUAACAGACGUGUUUUACUCGCUCGGAGACACUUCGGAAAAGUUAUCAUGUCAAAUCUGUAAUAGAUAUCAGUUGCUUUGUCCAGCCAAAGGUUAACGGUUUUAUGGAAGGAAGCAUACCCUCGAGGCGCAAGAGGUUAUAUUUCACUAAUGAACUGAAAUAUAGUACCAGCUUAUAGAAGUGCUUGAGUAAUAUCAAACGUGUGCUGGAUGACUUUAGAGUACAACGGUUUAAUGACUGAACAAUAGAAAACAAAAGACUAAAUUCGCAAUGUAUCGAAGACCAAUGUGUGCCUCUGUGAUAUUGAUUUUGUGUGAAUAUUGUGCCCUGUCGAAUGGCGUACGAAAUCGACCUGCUCAAGCCCCCCAGGAACGAAAUGUGGCUUUACUAUUAAACAACCUGAGUGAGGUCACUCGGGAUCGAUCGGAUGAAGCCUUCUUCGAGGAAGAUGAUCUAAGGGCGAUGAUGGCCAAUAAUGGCACGAGCAGUGAUAGCUCCAACAACGACGGUAGGAUUCACAAACGCGCAGGCGGAGUAAUGAACCGAAUUGAGGUGCAAAAGGAUGAAGGAGAUGGCAAUUACACUACCUUCAAUGUAGGAGUUCUGAUGGCAUCACAUUUGGAUUCGCCAUUUGAUCUGGAACGCUGUGGUCCAGCCGUAGAUUUGGCGCUGGAAAAAAUCAAUGAAUUCCUUCUCAAAUCACACAACAUCAAGCUUACGAAAGUUCAGGCGAGUUACGCGUCAUGUUCGGGAGCAACAUCGCCCGGUCUCGCAGCGGAUAUGCACUUCAAGCACAACGUGAUAGCCUUUAUCGGUCCUGCCUGUGCCUUCGCCCUAGAACCGGUGGCCCGGCUGGCGGACUACUGGAACACACCCAUCAUCACCGGCAUGGGCGAUCAGCCACCAUCAGAAGGGGAACUUUCGGUGACAUCUGGAAUAUUGGGUCGACUGAGCAAUAAAUGGAAAAACGAAAGUACGGGAAUCUUCAAGGACAAGUCGAAAUACCAAACAUUGACUCGAAUGUCCUACUGCCAGUGCCGAUUGAAGUUAGUAUUUUCCAGCAUAUUUCGACAGUUUGGUUGGAGACAUAUUGCGCUACUGCUUGAUCGAUCGGAUUUGUUCUCACUGACGGUCGGCAAAAAUCUGGAGUACGGAUUGAAGGAGGAAAACCUGUUGACUUUCGUACGGGAACUGGACGGUAACGAUGAGGAGGAUCUGGACUACUAUCUGCGUGACGCCAGCAUGUACGCUAGAGUGAUAAUCUUAUCGGUGCGAGGCAGCUUGGUUCGAAAAUUUAUGCUAUCCGCACACCGGCUCGGAAUGACGAGAGGCGAGUUUACCUUUCUCGACGUGGAAAUUUUUCAGAACUCCUACUGGGGCGACCACUACUGGGAGCUAAACGAUGAGGACGAUCAGGCGGCACGUAAGGCAUAUGAAGCUUUGCUGCGGGUUUCACUGCUGCAGCCGACCAGUCCCACGUACCAGGAUUUUGCCGAAAAGGUGAGACAGCGUGCCAAACGUGACUACAACUACAGCUUCGUGGAGGACGAGGAGGUAAAUUUCUUCAGCGGAGCUUUCUACGAUGGCGUCUACCUGUUGGGAAUGGCACUGAACGAAACCCUCAACGAAGACGGAGAUAUCCACGAUGGAACGGCUAUAACCCGGAAAAUGUGGGACAGGAGCUUUUUAGGUAUCACCGGCACUGUACGAAUCGAUGAUAACGGAGAUCGUGACGCUGAUUAUUCCAUUCUCGAUCUGGAUCCAAUUACCGGCAGGUUUGAAGUGGUGGCACAUUAUUAUGGACGCAGCAGCGAAUAUAGCCCGGUAUGGGGUAAACGAAUCCACUGGCCUGGAGGACGAGAGGGGCCACCGCCAGAUGUUCCCAAGUGUGGCUUUCUGGGAACGUCUCCCUCGUGUCAGGGAAACGAAAUGAUUUUUUUAUAUGGAGUUAUUGGCUUCGGUAUAAUUUCUACUUUUGCUGCAGCUGUAACAUAUAUCCUGUGCAAGCAGAUGAAGCUGAACAAUGAGCUGAAUAACAUGUCAUGGAGGGUUCGGCCGGACGAAGUGCUUCUGGAAGUUGGAAAACUGUUUGGCAGUAAAACAGGAUUGCAGAAGUUGAAUUAUGAGAACUUUUCUUUACAGCAAUUUGGUAGCUCCGGUCGUGCUUCGAUUGCCAGCGGAAAUUCACAGCCACCAGCGCAACUUUUCACUACAAUUGGUAUUUAUAAAGGGGAACGGGUAGCCAUCAAGAAAGUGGCGAAGAAAAAGGUUUAUAUCACUUCUACAUUGCUGUGGGAGAUUAAACAAGCACGGGACGUAAGUCACGAAAACACGGUUCGAUUCGUUGGGGCAUGCAUCGAUCUUCCACGACCGACAAUUCUCAUCCUGACUGAGUACUGUCCGAAGGGUAGUCUAAAGGAUGUUUUGGAGAAUGAAGCUAUUCAGCUAGACUGGAACUUCCGAAUGUCUCUGAUCCACGAUGUUGUUAAAGGUAUGGCUUAUCUGCAUAACAGCGACGUGGGAGUGCACGGAAAACUUAGAUCCUGCAAUUGUUUGAUUGAUGGACGAUUUGUGUUGAAGAUUUCCGAUUUUGGAUUACGCACUCUGACCACUCCGUCAGAACUUAUGCAGGACCAGAAUUAUUACAACAAGUAUAUUUUUCCAGAGCUGCUGUGGGUGGCUCCCGAAUUGCUCCCAGCCACUGUCAUCCCUGGUACACCUGCGACUCAGAAAGGAGAUGUCUAUUCGUUUGCUGUCAUUUUGGAAGAGAUUGUAGUACGAGGAGGACCUUACGAGACGGCACGACAAUUCAUGGAUCCGCAACAUAUCGUAGAAAGGGUCGUUGGUCAUGAAGAUCCACCUUUUCGUCCCUUUGUAGGUCAACGCGAUUGUCCUCCAGAUUUACUAGAUUUAAUGGAGAAAUGCUGGUCCGAUAGUCCCGAUGAUCGACCUACUUUCGUACAGAUCCGAGCUGCAGUGAAACUAAUAAUGAAAGGUUUCUGCGAGAAUCUUAUGGACGAUUUGUUGCGCCGAAUGGAACAGUAUGCGAACAAUUUAGAGAGCUUAGUAGAAGAGAAAACCGAGCAACUCAGCAUGGAAAAGCGAAGAACGGAAGAACUACUAUACCAGGUUCUCCCAAGACCAGUAGCGCAACAACUUCUAGCCGGAGAAAUGGUUCAGCCGGAGCAGUUCGAGUGCGUUACCAUCUAUUUCAGCGACAUCGUUGGUUUUACGGCACUCUGUGCCCAAAGUCGUCCAAUGGAAGUUGUCGAUUUUUUAAACGAUCUCUACAGUACUUUCGACAGGAUCAUUGGUUUCUACGACGUGUACAAGGUGGAAACCAUUGGGGAUGCGUACAUGGUGGUCUCGGGUCUUCCAGAACGAAAUGGUCACGACCAUGCGCGGGAAAUCGGUUUGAUGUCGCUAGCUGUCCUAGAUGCCGUUAAGUCUUUCACCAUAAAGCACAAACCAGACCAGCAACUGAAGAUUAGAAUAGGAAUUCACUCGGGACCGGUUUGUGCCGGAGUGGUUGGACAGAAAAUGCCGCAUUACUGUUUGUUCGGUGAUACUGUUAAUACUGCUUCAAGGAUGGAAUCGACUGGACACCCCUUAAAAAUACAUGUUUCUGAAGCAGCUAAACAUAUUCUAGAUAAAUUCGGCACGUUUCGGCUGGAGCUACGAGGGGAGGUAGAAUUGAAAGGCAAAGGAAUUGUUACGACUUUUUGGUUGGUAGAGUGUUCGGAACCGGAUUUAAGGCCACCGACACCGAUGAAGGUUCACGAAAGUGAAGUGCCGUUUCCUAUACUAUUCCCUGGAAUCGGAAAGUAACAGUAAUCAAUCAGUACUAAUCAUCACUGCAAAGUCUAGCCAAUUAAAAAAGGAGAUUUAUUUAUCUACAUAAUUUUUAUGAAAUGUUCCCUAGAAAUUGUAUGUCAAUUUGGUUUUGAAUGAUAUACGUACCAAAUUUAAAAAGAUGUUUCACUAUAUACUAUCUAGUCAAUAAUAUGGACGCUGUAAUGCACAAUUAUAUAUUCAAGGUGUUCAAUAAAUGGACUGAUUGUGAUAAGUAUGUUA